GUUUUAAUCUUCUUCUUCCACUCCUCGUCCCAGUCGUCGACGGGAGAGGCUCGGGUGGGUUGCCCUCACCGGCGAAGCCUCGGCGGCCAAGCGGGCCCCCAAACCGGACUCGAACCGGAGUCAAGCCGGUUCGACGCGGAGGGGCGAAAAGAAGUCGCCUCCUCUCUCCUCACACCCCCCACCCCGCGGCCGCCGCAACUGCUGCUACGACGACUUCGGGGCGUCCGACCUCCCCACCCCCACCCCGGACCCAUCGACGAACUUAGUCCUGUCAGGAAGAAGAUGAUGCUCUUCGGGGCCUAGAAGAAGAGAGAGAGAGAGGCGGAGAUAGAGGAAAAGGGCGGGGGGCGCGUCGAGAGAGGACACCCCCGGCCUGGCUCGUGUGUGUUUUCAUACUCCCAACCCCCACCAAAGUAGGGAAUAUUAUGCACCCUUCCCUGAGGGGAGGCUCCGAGGUGCGACCUCAGUUCAUGCAAGACUAAUUUUCUCUCUCCCUUUAAUCAGCCCCAGAGCCUAAUUUGGGGCUGGGGUGCGUGUAGAUCUCAUUUCCCCACCCCUUCUUAGAGGAGGGAGGCUGGUUUACUCUGCUGUUGUUUUUUUGCCCUCCUAAAAGGCAGAGUUUCUCUUUACCCACGGGAGAAAGAGGAGGUUCUGCCCAGUUCUCCAUAGAAGGGCUAAGGGGUUUCCUGUCUUCCUAACAUCCCCCCACCCCUCCUUGGUGGAAACAGCUCAAAAGUGGGACAUCCCUACCAGCUUUUCUUGACAGUCCUGCAGAGAAAGGUCAGCAGGGCCAUAAGGGCAAGUGCUGCAAAAGGGGUUUCCCCACCCCCCACAGGAAAGCAGAAAGAAAAUCAAGUGCAGGAGAGAAGUGCCACCCCACACAGUCCCAUAGAAGGUCAUCAAAGGGUUCUUCAGUUUAGAAAGUGGUGGAGCCCAGAGAAGCAACUUUCAGCAGUGGGGAAUUGACCCCAAAGUGUAUUAGAUGAGGUGUUCCUGCCCUCCCAUGGGGUAGUAAGGGUGGGAGGAGGCUAGUUGCUUCCCCACAAGGUUCCCUCACCCCUUUCUUUGGACAGGGAUUGCUACGCUAUUGGACUUCUUGUUUGUUUGCUGUGGCCUAAUGACUUGAGAAGAGUUCUGGAACUGUGAUGGCUGGACACGAGGCUUGGGAAUAACUUGAAGCAGAUGUGUCUGUGUCUGACAGUUACCAUCUUGAGGCAACGGCAGGAUUUUCAGAGGAUUGAAUCAUGACUUUGAAGGCCUUCUCCCAUACUACUUGGAGGAUUUGGGGCAGAAAAGGUGCUUUGUGGCUUUUCCUGAGCGUACUCUGAUAUGGAUCUUUUGGGCAAUCGUGAAGAACUGCAUUGCUGUUGUUUUUAACUGACUUCACUGGUACUUCUCUGGAGCAAAGCUGGUGUGUAUAUGGGAAAUUGACAGUAAUGUACUUAAAUUAUAACUAGUACAAUGCAGAUUGGCUAAAAAGUCGUCUCCUUGCCAAGGGCUCCAAUGAGUGGCACACAGUCUGCAAUCACGGACAGGUUUCCCCUCAAAAAACCUACAAGACAUGGCAGCAUUCUGAGCAGAGAGUCUCCAGCAGACAAGAAGCAGAAGGUUGAACGCUGCGUCAGUGCCCAGGACUUCGACCCUACAGAUAGCUCCUCCAGGAAGACAAAGUGUAGCUCGGAGGAGAGUAGAUCCGAGACGUAUGGUCUUGUCCAGCGUUGUGUUAUUAUCCAGCGAGAUGAAAACGGAUUUGGGCUGACCGUCAGUGGAGACAAUCCUGUCUUUGUGCAGUCCGUCAAAGAAGAUGGAGCAGCCAUGCGGGCUGGGGUUCAAACUGGUGACCGAAUUAUUAAGGUGAAUGGGACUCUGGUAACCCACUCAAACCAUUUGGAGGUGGUGAAGCUGAUAAAGUCGGGCUCCUAUGUAGCACUCACUGUGCAAGGGCGCCCACCUGGGUCGCCCCAGAUUCCACUGGCUGAUUCUGAGAUGGAUCCAGUAGCAUUUGGACAUAUGUCUCCCAUCAUGACAUCUCCACACUCGCCUGGAACAUCUGGAAACACAGAGAGAAUUACCAGCCCGGUGUUGAUGGGGGAGGAAAAUAAUAUUGUUCAUAGCCAGAAGGUGGAGAUUUUGAGGAAGAUGCUUCAGAAGGAGCAGGAGAGGCUACAGUCCUUGCAAGAAGAUUACGGCCGCACUCCCACUCCAAAACUGCUCAAGGAGAUCCAGGAAGCCAAGAAGCACAUCCCUCAGCUGCAGGAACAGUUGUCCAAGGCAACAGGCUCUAUUCAGGAUGGAGUUUUAUCUUCCAAGUCUGUGGCAGAGUCUUUGCAGAUCAGCGAGGUAGAGACUGAGAGCGGGGAUGGGCUGAACAAAGGAGACUGCAGUUUUGGUGAUGGCUCCCAGUUAAAUAGUGACACAGCUGAGAGUCCCCGGGGUGGCCUGAAGGAACGAAUCUAUCUGGACGAGAGCCCAGAGAAGAGUGAGACACAAGAUACUGACUCUCAAUCCAGUAUUGGAAGUCCCUCCAGUCGUAUUGCACCUCCAAUCAUAGGAGCAGAAGAUGAUGACUUUGAUGGUGAACAGGAGCAGAUCAAUGGGCAGUGCAGCUGUUUCCAGAAUAUAGAGCUGUUGAAAUCUCGCCCUGCUCACCUGUCUGUCUUCCUGCAUCAUGUCGUGUCCCAGUUUGACCCUGCUUCAUUGCUUUGCUAUCUUUUUGCGGACCUGUACAAACAAACAAACUCCAAAGAGACUCGGCGUGUCUUUAGUGAGUUUAACCAGUUCUUCUUGGAUCGAGCUGCAAAUCUGAAAGUCCCAGUCCCAGAAGAAAUUUCUGCAGAUCUAGAAAAGAGAAGGCUAGACUUGAUUCCUGAAGAAUUGCACCGCCACUAUAUUCAAACUAUGCAAGAUAAAGUUUUUCCUGAAGUCCAGAGGCACCUUGAAGAUUUUAGACAGAAACGCAGCAUGGGGCUGACCAUGGCAGAAGGAGAGCUAGCCAAGCUGGAUGCAGAACGUUUUCGUGACCGGAGCACACUGGAGAAGGAGAGAGCAUGUGCGGAGCAGAUCAUUACCAAAAUUGAAGAAGUGCUGAUGACGUCUCAACCCAUUGAAGAAGAGAAGAGUUCAAGCAUACAAUAUGUGGUUCUCACCUACAUGAAACAUCUUGGUGUGAGAGUCAAAGAGCCCCGGGGGCUAGAUCAGAAGCGACGGAUUGGGUUCCUGCCAAAAAUAAAGCAGAGUAUAAAGAAAGAGAAGGAAGGAGAUGAAAAGAAGAGGAGAGUCUUCCCCAAUAUUCUGGGACCCCCAAGGAGGCCAAGCCGCCAUGACAGCUAUGCAAUAGGCAGAGCCAUGGAAAUGCAAAAGCAGCGCCAUCCAAAGCACUUAUCCACACCUUCCUCCGUCAGUCCAGAGCCACAAGACUCAGUCAAGAUGCGCCAGAGUGGGUCCAGCGAUGGCACAGAUGCAGCCUACCCACCUGCUAACCUCAUGUCUCCACAAGCUGCUGGAACUUUUCUUUCCCAGGAAGGGAGCAAGGACAGUGAAACAGGGUCGAAGCAAGUUGGAGAAACUCCAUCGUCUAGUGACUCUCUGGUUGGUACACCUCGUACACCUAAUACCGUCUUUGAUUUCCCAUCUCCACCACUUGACCAUUUGCAGGAAGAGGAAGGAGAGUUUGACAGGUUAGCAGAAUCAGGAACACCAAAAUCUUUCCGCAAGAUGGACAGUGUGGGUGCUGUGGAUAAUCAGAGUGAAGAUGAGCUCUUUGAUUUUGACAUGGAGACAGACCCACCCAACUGGCAGCAGCUUGUGAGCCGUGAGGUGCUGCUUGGCUUGAAACCCUCUGAGAUUAAACGGCAGGAAGUGAUUAAUGAGUUAUUUUACACUGAGCGUGCUCAUGUCCGAACACUGAAGGUUCUUGAUCAGGUCUUCUAUCAACGUGUGUCCCGUGAAGGGAUCUUACCUCACUCUGACUUGCGGAAAAUAUUUUCAAAUGUGGAAGAUAUCCUCCAGCUCCAUGCUGGAUUGAAUGAGCAGAUGAAAGCAGUGAGGAAAAGGAACGAAACGUCAGUUAUUGAUCAAAUUGGAGAGGACUUGUUAACUUGGUUCAGUGGAGCAGGGGAGGAGAAAAUGAAACAAGCCACUGGCACUUUCUGUAGCAACCAGCCCUUUGCUCUGGAGGUGAUCAAGUCACGGCAGAAAAAGGACUCUCGCUUCCAGACUUUUGUCCAGGAUGCUGAGAGCAAUCCACUCUGUCGCCGACUGCAGCUGAAAGAUAUAAUUCCCACUGAGAUGCAGAGGCUGACCAAAUAUCCCCUUCUGCUGGAUAACAUUGCAAAGUACACAGAACAACCUGGGGAGAAAGAGAAAGUGAAGAAAGCAGCAGAUCACUGUCGGCAGAUCCUCAAUUAUGUGAACCAAGCUGUCAAAGAAGCAGAAAAUAAGCAGCAUUUGGAAGACUACCAGCGCCGUCUUGAUUUGUCCUACUUGAAGCAGUUGGAGGGCCCUAUGCUGGAUGAAUUCAGGAAUUUGGAUUUAACCAAGAAGAAGAUGAUCCAUGAAGGGCCUCUGACGUGGAAGGUGAAUCGGGACAAGACAAUUGAUCUCUACACGCUGCUGUUGGAGGAUAUUCUGGUGCUUUUACAGAAACAAGAUGAUAGACUGGUGCUGAGAUGUCACAGCAAGAUCCUGGCUUCUGCUGCAGAGUGCAAGCAUAUAUUCAGCCCUGUCAUCAAACUGAAUACGGUGCUGGUUCGCCAGGUGGCCACAGAUAACAAAGCCUUCUUUGUCAUCUCCAUGUCAGAGAAUGGAGCCCAGAUAUAUGAAUUGGUGGCACAGACGGUUUCUGAAAAGACUGUGUGGCAGGACCUCAUAGCACGGAUGGCAGGAACAGUGAAAGUUGGACGAGGUAGAAGCGUAAUUCCAUUUCCGCCAUCUGGGCCAUGCGAGGAAGAUCAUGAGGAGGAAGAUCAGCAGAAAUUAAAGGAAGAACAAGCUACUCCUGAUAGCAGCAUGCAGAGUCCAGAUAAAGAUAUGGGACUGGAGUCUCCUCUGAUGGCGAAGGUUCAGUCUCCUUCAGCAGCAAUGUCUGAGAAGCUGGAAGAGGAGGAGCUCCUGGAGGCAGACAGGCAGUUUGGAGAAAAACCAGCAGCAGAGUUGCUGAUCAAAGAGUCAUCUGAGCACUACAGCCACACAAGUCCAGAGCACUUGUUCCAAAGUUCGGAAGACCGAUGGGCAUUGGAUGCACUAAGAAAUUUGGGCUUAUUGAAGAAAUUGCUAAUGGAGCAGCUGGGCAUGUCUGAGAAGGAGUCUUCCGAAGGCUGGCAGCGUAUUGCCAGGCAUAGGACAAUUUGUCAGAGGACCCAAGUGGAGAGUUGUGUCCAGAGAGGACUACAGUACUCGGACAAUGACAAGACAUCCCUUUCCGGGGCCAGUAGGACACCCUCUGGCAUGGGAACAAAUAAUUUUGGACCUUGUUGCAGUCAUCGGACUUCAAGUGAAUUCAUGCAACCAGGGGACACUGUGUCAAACAGCAGUCAGUUAAUGGACCCCUUGAGCACAAAGCCAGAUACCCCAACCACUGAGCCUGAAGUGAUAGGUUCUGAGGAUGGUGGAGAGCACUUUUUUGAUGCUCGUGAAGCCCACAGCGAUGAGAACCAAUCAGAGGGUGAAGUGGCGGAAAGGAAGGAGGAAGAAGAGGUGCAGUUGCGGAUCUCAGGAAAUUAUUUGAUCCUUGAUGGAUAUGGCACAGUACAGGAGAGCUCCACAGAUGAGGAGGUAACUUCGCUGGUUCUACAGUGCACUGCAGGCAACAGCACAAUGGACUCUACCCACCAACCACCAUCUCUGCAAGACACCCGGACAGACGGAGGAAGCUUGGCAUUUGCAGAGGAAUUAAUGGCCUCCCACUGGGAAGCUGCUAAGGAAUCCAGCUCAGGUGUACUAAGGCCUCCCUUCUCUGUGGAGUCUUGUGCCCUGAUAAUGCAUUACAUCCAGAAGAUAGAAGCCAACCUUGAACACUUAAAGGAAGUGGAGGAGAACUAUGCUACUCUUCUUCAACAAAGGCUGGCUGGAACAGCCCCCACAGAUGAGCACUCAGAUAAAAGUUAGUCAAGCUUCUCGGAGGUUGGAUGGAAGCAUCAGCCUCGCAUUGGCACCUGUCGGCUUCUGCCUGGACUCUUGCAGCAUGAGGGCUCUUUCCGUGGACCAUCCAAGUGCAGCAGAGUGGGAACUGGGGGGGGGGGGGUUGGGGUGGAGGAUGGUUUCCUUUUAGGCCUCUGCACUAGCUUGUCAGGGAGAGGUGGUGAUUUUUUUUCUCCUCCUUUGCUACCAGUAAUUCUUUUUGAUUCCAAACAAGAGGAAAGAGAGGAACAAAAAGAAGAAACCAAAUGUAUAAAGCUUUGGGUGUAGGAUAUAUAAAAAUGUAUUUAGACAUAUACAAAAAAAAAUCAAUGUAUUUAUUUGACUUCAUUCCAUGUACUGAAAGCACACUUUAAUUUGUAUUUUAUUAGGCCCCAACAUCCCUAUGCUCCUGGACCCACAUUCAGGGCUGCUUGUGUGUAAGAGCGUGUCUUGACUUUUCACUGGAUUGGAUUCUGCCAGCAACCAGUCCACUGCUCAAAAGAGCUUCGCCUGCAAUGGUCCCCUGCCCCCUGUGCAGUGACGGUAUGCCACGCUGUACACAACCAGGCACUUGGAAAGGUUGGCAGCCUUUGGGCUCUCCUUGCAAUGGCACGUGGUGCUUUGACAAGGAGAUGAAAGGCUUGGGGUUUUUACCUUGCCUUUGAAUUCCCUCUGAAAGCAGUGAGGUGGGGCAAAGAAUGUGCCUGCUAAGUCACUCCUGGUUUGAGCAUCUUCUACCACUGGAGUUAGCCACAGGUACUUCUGAGUAAAAUCCCAGGUAUGUUCGACACCCAGAGGUGUGCUUUGUUGGCCAUUGCAUGUGCAGGGAGAAUGGGAUUGGUUUGGGGUGGUGGGGUUUUGUUUUGUUUUUUGCACUGUUUGUGCCAAAGUGCUCUGAAAUCACACUGGUUAGCUCAGAAGCCUCCAUGGGAGCAGCUCUGCAGUAUUUUUCCUAAUAGGAAUUCUGACAUCCUUGUGUUUUGAAACUGAACCCUGUCUAAGAAUGGAAAUUGAAGGCUCACAGCACAUACGUAAAAACACUGGACAUUCCAGACUGGUUACUGGAAGUGGUACAAGGCUGGGUGCUACCUCCAUGAGACAGACCGUUCAGGAUGCAGCUUCUUCCUUUCAUUGCAAGUGGCUGCUCUUUGUUUUUGUUUUUCCCCUGCACCAGGUUCCCAAAUCCUGGGCUUUUUUUUUUUUUUGGACAACUCAGAUCUAAAUGUGCCGAACUCUAGAAAUCCCCGUAACUUGUGUUCCUCAUGUUGAAUGUGCUGCGAAGUGUGGAGAAUUUUUUUUUCCUUUUGUUUUCUCCCCCUCCUUCCAGCGUGAAGGUCAUACUGCCUGCUCCAUUAACACAGAGACACAUUUUCCCUGUAGCUAUAAUGGCAGAGAAUCAAAACCCUUGUUGUUUCCCAGUCAUGCGAAACACAAACCUCUUCUUCCCUUAGCAGAAGGAAUAGUAGUACUAAAAAUGGGCAGGCUGUGCAAGGACAAAUUUUAAAAACCUCCCCUUCCCUCCAACUGCCAACAUUUUGAAACCAUGAACUGAUGUCUGUCAAGAUGGGGAGAUAAGAUUUUCCAGAAGCAAGUUGUACGGAUUGCCAUCCCUCUUCAGUGGCAGAAAGUGCCCCAAAACCAAAGGGUCUCCUUCCAUAUUUGCACGAGCUUCCUUUUAUCAGUGCCGUUCUGAGUGCCUCGUGGAUCUGCUUGUUCCCAUUUCAUAACUGCUUGAUUCUAUAAUUUCACAUUGUUUUCCAUGUAAAACUUCUAUUUUUCCACCUCUUGGCAUUAGGAAAACUAGGUGUGCCUGAGUAUGGAAGAUAAACAUGGACCUUUUCAGAUUUUAAAUAGCCCCUCUUUUAUACCUCUUAGCUAUGUAACAUCAUGCUAGCAACACUUUUACAUUCCCUUUCCACAGCCCAUGUCUAGGACGAUCAAGAAAUCACACUCACAACAUGGACCUCUCUCUAGCAUGAGUAGCUUUUGAGCAGUGGAGAGUUCAGGUUUCCACUGCAGAUUGUUGUUGCCGGUCUCUUCGCUGCAUUCUGUGGCAGGAGUCCCAAGAUCAUUGUCUGCUGUAGCACUUCCACUAUAGAUUUGACCUGCAGAGGUGUCUGGCAAGAUAUUGCUUCAGCAUCUUUACAAUAUGCCUCUGGGUCAGGUUGCCAAAAUCUCCUGAGGAUCAACCUGAGAAAGGAGGGCAUGCAAGGCGAAUGCAGGUUUUGUGGCAAAGCCUGAAGAGUUCUUAGCCAUCCUUAGAGGAUGUGACCAUCUCAUUCCCCCCACCCAGGGAAGUGAAACAGUACUGUGCUCCUGUCCUUUUGGUGGUGUUUGGUUUUGUGUGUUUUUCAGGCUUGUUCUUAUGCCAUGUUGUGCAAUCUCCUGUUAAGGGCAUUAUUCAGCUUAUAAGAAAGAGAAGGUGGUGAGAAAUGGGGAUUGUCCAUUGCUCCCAACACAGUAUCCUAAAAUCACUGGGGAUGUCUUAACUCCCUAGCGUGUCUACUGUACAACAGACCCCAGGCACAGAUCCAUUUUUGUGAAGAGGGUCAACACUAAAAUGCACUUUGCGGGGAUUCCCAUUGGUUUUGGGUGUGUGUGGUCCCCCCCCUUUUUUUAAAUAUACUAGAAUAGCCAUGAAAAAUUCCAACCAAAGAAUCCUUUCCUGUCCUUCAUGUCUGGCUGUGAACAUUCCCUUCUUUAGACUGGACAGUAGUAUGGAACAGCCUUUUCUCUCUCCUUUCCUCCUCCCUUGCAAAAUGAAAAACAAAACAAAACCACAGGCUGAAAAAAGAAGUAAUGGAAUAUUUCAUGGACAAGAUAACAUUAUGUUGGCUCCACUGUACUUUUUUGUGUUUAACCUGGAUUUAUAGAAGAUUAUUGCAGGGGGUGGGGGAUUCAAAAGGCAAAGGCCUCGAUCCAGAUGUCAACUUCCUGCACAGCCUGCUUUUGCAUCAUUUGGACCUGGUCUACACAUGAAGCAGAAUGAGUUGGUAGAAUGCCAAGAGUGGUAGACUGGACUGUUUGCUCGUUUCUUUGGGUUUAUUUUCUUCCUUCUGGGCUGUCUGAGAGCACAAGCAGCGCAAAGCUUUAGAUGAAAGUUGGGAUUUCUUUAUAUAGCACUCAAAUUUUCCAGUAAAAACAGAAGGGCCAAAGCAGUCGUCUCUGUUUGCAGUGCUUUUGCUUUUAUCUGCUUUUAGUAACAUUAACUCCAAUUCUUGUGAUAAAUCAACUCUUAACUGCCACAUCUGAGGGCCUGGUAGACAGUUUCUCUUCCCCACCUCCGUGUGUUGAUAUUUUUAAUGUUUUCUCCGAGGCACUACCUAUGCCUGUACCUUGUUGAGUUU